AUGGCGAGAAUUGGAGUUAAUCUGUCUCUCUGUAGUCUCUUUGUGUUUGCUUUGUUGGCUGCUGCUUCAUAUGCCAUUGAUUUAUCAUACGAUGAUCGAGCAUUAACGAUCAAUGGAGAAAGGAAGCUUAUUGUAUCAGGCUCCAUUCACUACCCUCGUAGCACUGCUGAGAUGUGGCCAGACUUGAUUAAGAAAGCCAAAGAGGGUGGUCUCAACGCAAUUGAGACUUACGUGUUCUGGAAUGCACACGAGCCUCUACGUCGUCAGUAUGAUUUUUCAGGAAAUCUGAAUCUGGUUAGAUUCAUUAAGACUGUCCAUGACGCUGGCUUGUAUGCAAUUCUUCGAAUUGGACCAUAUGUUUGUGCUGAAUGGAAUUUCGGAGGAUUGCCUGUUUGGUUAACUAACAUUCCAGACAUGCAUCUAAGGACAAACAAUGAUGCAUUUAAGAAUGAAAUGCAAAAUUUCACCACACUGAUUGUGGACAAGUUGAAACAUGAGAAGCUCUUUGCCACACAAGGAGGACCUAUUAUAUUAGCUCAGAUCGAAAACGAAUAUGGAAAUAUUGAAUGGUCUUUUGGAGAAGAUGGAAAGAAAUAUAUAGAUUGGUGUGCUAAUUUGGCUGAAAGCUACAAUGUUGGGGUGCCAUGGAUCAUGUGCCAACAAAAUGAUGCUCCAGAGCCAAUGAUUAAUACAUGUAAUGGUUAUUACUGUGAUCAAUUUCAACCCAACAGAAAGGUCCCCAAGAUGUGGACAGAGAACUGGACUGGAUGGUUUAAGAGUUGGGGCAUGAAAGAUCCAUACAGGACAGCAGAAGAUGUUGCCUUUGCAGUUGCUAGAUUCUACCAACUUGGUGGUACACUUCAAAAUUACUACAUGUACCAUGGUGGGACAAAUUUUGGAAGGGUUGCUGGUGGACCAUACAUUUCCACAACAUAUGACUAUAAUGCCCCACUUGAUGAAUAUGGUAAUUUGAAUCAACCUAAGUGGGGUCAUCUUAAGAAGCUUCAUGAACUCCUUUACGCCAUGGAGAAGACCCUUACUUAUGGUGCAAGGGAAGAUAUUGAUUAUGGAAAUCAGUUAUAUUCAACUGUUUACAGAUAUGAAGGAAAACAAAGUUGUUUCUUUGCAAAUGCUGCUAAUGAAGAUCAAAAACUCACCUUUGAAAACACUGAAUACAAUGUUCCUGGUUGGUCUGUUAGCAUUCUCCCUGAUUGCUUCAAAGAAGUUUAUAAUACUGCCAAGGUUAACACCCAAACAUCAGUCAUGGUGAAGAAAGGAAAUGAAGCUGAUGAUGAAGAGGAACCCUAUUCAUUGAAAUGGACAUGGAGGCCUGAGAACUUAAUGAACCUUGACACUGUUCUUGCUCAGGGAAAUGCAUUGGCUACAACUGAACUAUUGGACCAAAAAUUCUUCAAUGACACUUCUGACUACUUGUGGUACUUGACUAGUGUUGAAAUGCAAGAAAGUGAUCCUCUUUGGGGUCUUGACACAACGCUUCAUGUACACACCGAUGGCCACAUAGUUCAUGCUUUUCUAAAUGGAAAGCACAUUGGAUCAAAAUAUAGUCCAGAUGGUCAUAAUCAUUUCAUAUUUGAAACAAAUGCAAAAUUAAAGCUCGGAACCAAUGAAAUAGUUUUGCUUAGUGUCACUGCUGGAUUGCCUAACUACGGUGCCAAAUUUGAAGAGAUCAGGACAGGAAUUCAUGGACCAGUUAGAUUGUUUGCUACUAAGAACAAUGAGGUGAUAAAGAUGGUGUUAGAUAACAGUAAAUGGGUUUAUCACAUCGGCUUACAUGGUGAAAAGAUGGAGUUAUACCUACCUGGUACUAAUCCAAAACACCCUUGGCAAUCAGAAAAUUUGCCAUCGAACAGGAUGCUUGUCUGGUACAAGACAAGCUUCAAGGCUCCAUUGGGCACUGAUCCAGUUGUGGUGGACUUGUUGGGUUUGGGCAAAGGACAUGCAUGGGUGAAUGGCAGAAGCAUUGGGAGAUACUGGCCAAGCUAUCUUGCUGGUGAAAAUGGCUGUGAUGAUGUUCACAAGUGCGAUUAUCGCGGAGCUUACGGGGCUGAUAAGUGUGUCACCAACUGUGGGAAAUCUUCUCAGCGAUGGUACCAUAUUCCAAGAGAGUUUCUGAACGAAGACAAGAAUGAGUUGGUUUUGUUCGAAGAAAUGGGAGGAACUCCUCUUCUUGUCAACUUCCAGACUGUUACCGUGGGAAGGAUUUGUGCAAAUGCUAAUGAAGGUGUGAAUUUGGAACUAUCUUGCCAAGGUGAGAGAGUUAUAUCAGACAUAAAGUUUGCAAGCUUUGGUGAACCAAAAGGCAGUUGUGGUGAAUUUGUGAAAGGCAGUUGCGAGUCUCCUAACACUUUGUCUGUGCUCAGAAAUCUGUGUGUUGGCAAGGGAAGCUGUGCUGUUAAUGUCACUGAAGACACUUUUGGCCCAACUGGUUGCAAAUGUGGGCAGUAUAGGCUCGCUGUCGAAGCCGUUUGUUAG